ACGAGGGUCCUUGAUUCGUGAUUCUGGGUACUAUUGGAUAUGGAUGUCAUUUAGCCAGCCUGCGUCCACCGCCGGUCGAUGUGCGCAUCGGCUCGACUCGGCAUGCAUAGGAGUGGCUCCGCUCACCGCGGUCUGCGGCGUACAAGCGUCACGGCUUGCAGUGCUCGCCGCGCCCGGCAUGCGGUGCUCACCUCGCCGCGGCGUACAGGUGUCGCGGCCGGCCACAGGCUGGCGCUGGCACGCCGGCCAUUUCCGCCUUUCCGGAGCGGGGCCGCUCCCCCGCGCGCGGCCGUUGCAGCCCGGAGCCUCGCGCUCCACGACGGUUCCGCGCGCGCAGCGCGGCGCGGCGUGGUGCCCGCAGGACCUUUUCGAACGGGUCGCUGGUGCCCUCGCAUCCCCCGUGCUCGGCGCGCUACAAGACAGGCGGGUUGGGGCCCGGUCCAGGCAUUCCAAUCUCCGGCGAGUCGCCUACACCGAGGACAGGGCAGACGGAUAGCGGCGAUGGGCGGAGGCUCCGGGAGGCCGUGCUACUACGCGGUGCUGGGCGUGUCCCGGGACGCGUCCGCCGUCGACAUCCGCGCCGCCUACCGCCGGCAGGCCCUGAAGUGGCAUCCCGACAAGCUGCAGGUGCGGGGGGACGACGGCGACCGUCGCCGGGCAAAUGAGGAAGCCAAGGCCAAGUUCCAGCAACUGCAGAUGGCGUACGAAGUGCUGUCGGACGCCUCCAAGAAGGCGGUGUACGACCGAGACGUCGUCGUCUUCCCGUCCGUGUCCGAUCUGGAGAGCACUUUCAUCUUAGAUAUGAUGCCUGUUUCGUGACGCCCAGCAUCUUAGAUAUGAUCCACGUAUGUGCAGGAGCCCAACCUCACCGUGGAGGAGAUGGUGGCCAUGGUGGACGAGGAGAUCAACAAGGGCUACGGCGACCUGCCUCGGGGGCCAGGGCGAUGGACGCCGCCGUAUCGUCGCUCCGCUGCGGGAGCUAGUGGCGCCGGCCCCCACGCAGCUGCCACUGCCAGCAGGGAUGCCCGCAGGAAGUCGUCGUCCACUCGUCCUCGACACCGAGUCCCUGUGGCACCAAGUGCCCACCGCCACCGGGGUUCCACGGCCCGUUCGGCCGCACAGGCUAGCUCUGCAUGCUUCAUGGGCCGACCGAAUGAGCCGUGAUGAACCAAAUAAGUCUAGCUGUAGCCCCCUAUAACUAGGAGUCGGCUAUAUAUGGCGUAUUAGAGCAACUCCAAAAGACUCUUUAUAUUCAUUCUAAAUGGUUAUCCAAAUAUAGCCAUCAUCUAUUUCGGAUUUCUCGCUAGCUAAAGAUAGAUAUAGCGAAAAUAACUCUCUAAAGUGUAAACAAAAUAUAGAAAAGUUGUUGGAGAGUGAAGAUGUAUAGAGAAUGAUUCUUAUGUACAUGACUCUCUAAAUGAUAAUUUAGAGAGUGAAAUUUAGAAAAACUUUUAGAGAUGCUUA